AUGGGGAACCGCAGCACCGCGGACCCGGACGGGCUGCUGGCCGGACGCGGGCCGGGCGCGGGGGCGGCUGCGGGGCUGGCAGGGCCGGGCGCGGCGGCGCUGGUUGGAGGCGUGCUGCUCAUCGGCGCGGUGCUCGCGGGGAACUCGCUCGUGUGCGUGAGCGUGGCCACCGAGCGCGCCCUGCAGACGCCCACCAACUCCUUCAUCGUGAGCCUGGCGGCCGCCGACCUCCUCCUCGCUCUCCUGGUGCUGCCGCUCUUCGUCUACUCCGAGGUCCAAGGUGGCGCGUGGCUGCUGAGCCCCCGCCUGUGCGACGCCCUCAUGGCCAUGGACGUCAUGCUGUGCACCGCCUCUAUCUUCAACCUGUGCGCCAUCAGCGUGGACAGGUGCGCCGCCCUCCCCGCCCGCGCCCCCGCGCCCUCGCGCCCCUCCCGCCGCCGCCGCCCUCACCGCGGCCUCUGCGCUGUCCCGCGCACCCUCGGCGCUCCCCGCAGGUUCGUGGCCGUGGCCGUGCCGCUGCGCUACAACCGCCAGGGCGGGAGCCACCGGCAGCUGCUGCUCAUCGGCGCCACGUGGCUGCUGUCCGCAGCGGUGGCGGCGCCCGUGCUGUGCGGCCUCAACGACGUGCGCGGCCGUGACCCCGCCGUGUGCCGCCUGGAGGACCGCGACUACGUGGUCUACUCGUCCGUGUGCUCCUUCUUCCUACCCUGUCCGCUCAUGCUGCUGCUCUACUGGGCCACGUUCCGCGGCCUGCGGCGCUGGGAGGUGGCCCGUCGCGCCAAGCUGCACGGCCGCGCGCCCCGCCGACCCAGCGGCCCCGGCCCUCCUUCCCUUGUGCCCCGCCUUCCCCAGGACCCCUGCGGCCCUGACUGUGCGCCCCCGGCGCCCCGCCUCCCCCAGGACCCCUGCGGCCCCGACUGCGCGCCCCCCGCGCCCGGCCCUCCCCAGGGUCCCUGCGGCCCCGACCGUGCGCCCCCAGCGCCCGGCCUUCCCCAGGGUCUCCGCGGCCCCAACUGUGCGUCCCCCGUGCCCGGCCUCCCCCCGGACUCCUGCGACUCCAACUGUGCGCCCCCAGACGCCGUCCGAGCCGCUGCGCUCCCACCCCAGACCCCACCGCAGACCCGCAGGAGGCGGCGUGCCAAGAUCACCGGCCGGGAGCGCAAGGCCAUGAGGGUCCUGCCUGUGGUAGUCGGGGCCUUCCUGCUGUGCUGGACGCCCUUCUUCGUGGUGCACAUCACACAGGCGCUGUGUCCUGCCUGCUCCGUGCCCCCGCGGCUGGUUAGUGCGGUCACCUGGCUGGGCUACGUCAACAGCGCCCUCAACCCCGUCAUCUACACUGUCUUCAACGCCGAGUUCCGCAAUGUCUUCCGCAAGGCCCUGCGUGCCUGCUGCUGAGCCGGACCCCCACCCCCACCCCCCGCGGCCUGGGCACCGGCCUGGUGGCCAGGCCUCCGGGACCAAGGAUAUGGGGAGGGCGGUUUUGUACGUUAAUUAAACAAAUUCCUUCCCAAACUCA